GCGGUCAACCAAUUUGGAGGAAGCGGCAGCAGCAGCAUGGCGACCGAGCAGAAGAUCCUCCAAGUCUUCAUGGCGCAUGGCUCCAUCUCCGAGUCCGAGCUCAAGACGCUCUGCGAUCAAAUCUGCGGCCAAGACUUCUCGACGAAGCAGCUUGGCGAUCUCACGAGCCACAUUGCGACCUUGAUUCGGCCAUACUCGCUCGACAUCAAGCGCGCGAUGUACGACGACGGCGAGAUGUACUACGGCAUCAUCAACACGAGCAACGACGAUCUGACCAAACUCAGCAACACAUUCAAGCCUUGGGAAAUUGUCCUCUUCCGCAAAGCCAUCGAGGCCAUCGUGGAAAGCGAGGAUGGCGAGCUCGAUACGCGCGACUUUUGCAAUUUGCGCGAAGGUAACAGCCUGCAAGAGGUCAAGACGCUCUUCCAGCGCCUCUACACGGAAAAGUGGUUUGCGCCGAGCUUGUUCAACAACGACCAAGCGACGCUCGGGCCACGCGUCUUCCUCGAGCUCGUCGUCUUUCUCCGCGAGCUCGGCAUCCAGCAAUGCGUGAUCUGCUCGUCCGAUGUGCUCCAGAGCGUGCGCUGCCGGACGGCGUCGUGCUCAACCCGCGUCCACGAGUCUUGCUUGGCCAAGUACGAGCGCGCCGGUCGUGCGUUCAAGUGCGGUCCGUGCAAGAAGGCGAUUCGAUAA